AUGAAUCGUGAGAUCGUCGACAUUAAAGCGCGCUCGAUGAGGAACAACCUGUUGAUAUUUAAUAUACCGGAGUCGGAAAAUGAAUACCCUGAAAAAUGUGUAGAAAAAGUAUAUGAAAUACUGCAAAACAAACUCGAGAUCGAUGAUGCAAGCAGCAAAAUGCCCAUUGAAAGAGCGCAUAGAAUAGGAAGAAACAGACGUGGAAAUCCAAGACCAAUUGUCGUCAAAUUCCUUCGCUACCCAGACAAAGAAUUGGUAAAGAGAUCUGCGAGCAAACUAAAAGGUACAUCGAUAGGAAUUGGGGAGCAAUUUCCAAAAGAUAUAGCAGACAUACGGAAGAGCUUAUAUCCAGUUCUCAAAAAGGCAAAAGAAGAAGGGAAUAAAGUUAAGCUUGUCAAAGAUAAAUUGUAUAUCAAUGGACAACUCUACUACGGAAAAUGA